AUGAUUGAAGGGCGAAUCCCAAAAGACCUUGGAAACGAUGCCACUGAGAUACCCGGCGCUCGACGGAUCCUCACCUCGUUAGAAGAGGCCGGAGCGCCGUGGGCGGUCGUGACGUCUGGCAGCAAUGCGUUGAUUACCGGCUGGCUCGGCGUCCUGCAGCUAGCACACCCAAAGUACCUCGUUGUUGCAGAGGAUGUGCAGGUUGGCAAACCAGAUCCUUCCUGUUACCUGCUAGGUCGUUCUCGGCUUGGCUUGGAACAUAGUGAUUCGAUGCUCGUGAUUGAAGAUGCUCCAUCCGGUGUCCGCGCUGGAAAGGCCGCUGGGUUUAAGGUUCUCGCGCUCGCCACAACACAUGUGGUCGAAGAGCUGAAGGAGGCUGGGGCGGAUUGGAUCAUCAAAGAUCUUGACAGUGCCUCACUCAAGAAGUUCGCCGAUGGCAAGGUUGAGAUAGAAGUCUGGGAUACACUUCAAUAG